UACGAACGUAAGCAACUAUGGUGGUCUGUGAUGGAUUAUGAAUCUAAUCCAUGUUUUCCUAUUUUGUUUUUAAAUUUUGGUCGACGUAAAUAAAAAUUAACUUUUCGUAGUUUUUGUAUUGAAUGUGCAUGUUUACAGCUAUAAGUGACUUAUUUUUACUUAAGAAAAUUACUAGACUGGCAUUUUUAAUAAGAAACAAAAAAUUAGAUGUAAAAAUGAAGUGAUUGUUUUCUUUUCACGUGCAUAACCUAAAAAUGAUGGAAUCGAAAUAUAACAUAGGAAACACCAAAAACGGUGUCCAAAAGUUCCAAAUGAAAAUGAAACCAAUACCGGUAAUCUUCAACAAUUCCAAUGGACCAUCCAGUCCCAAAAAAAUUAAAUUAAAUGAUGAAAACCGCAACCCCUCAAACGGCCAGAUAAAUAAUAAGCCAAAAAUAAGUAUCCAAGAUCAAAGAAGAAACUUACCGGUUUUCGAUAAACGAAAUAAGCUCCUAGACCUUAUUAAAAGACAUAAAACUUUAAUAAUAUUAGCAGAAACUGGUAGUGGUAAAACUACACAGAUUCCUCAAUAUAUAUUUUCAGCGAGAUUGCAAGAAAAUGGUAAAAUUGGAAUUACGCAGCCUAGAAGAGUAGCUGCAGUUAGUGUAGCUACAAGGGUGGCUCAAGAGUAUGGUCAUGGGAUGUCUGUUGGCGAUACUGUAGGCUAUUCAGUAAGAUUUGAAGACUGUACAUCAAAUAAAACAAAGAUCAAAUUUUUGACUGAUGGUAUGUUGCUUAGAGAAUCAAUGUUUGAUAGAAUCCUAAUGGAAUAUACAGUGGUGAUAUUAGAUGAAGCCCAUGAAAGGACCAUUCAUACUGAUGUGCUUUUUGGCAUUGUAAAAAGGGCGCAGAAAACUAGAGAAGAUAGAAAUUUGGCCCCUCUAAAGAUAAUAAUAAUGUCAGCGACAAUGGAUGUUGACCAUUUUUCACGAUAUUUCAAUAACUGCCAAGCUGUAUAUUUAGAAGGUAGAACUUUUCCUGUAAAUAUUUACUACACUAUAAAGCCCCAUGAUGAUUAUCAAACUAGUUGUGUGGCUACAUUUUUUAAAAUACAUCGAGAAGCACCACCAAACCACGAUGUGUUGAUAUUUUUGACCGGUCAAGAAGAAAUAGAAGCAUGUGCACAUCGGAUACGUAUGUUAGCCAAAGAUCCGGAUGUUAAAGGUCCUUCAGUUAAAUGUUGCACUUUAUAUGCUGCCCAACCAGGUGCUCAACAGAUGAGUGUUUUUCAACCUGCUCCUCCGAACACCAGAAAAGUCGUUAUUAGUACAAACAUAGCUGAAACUAGUGUUACAAUACCUGGAAUCCGGUAUGUCAUUGAUAGUGGCAUGGUUAAGGCAAGAACUUUUCAUCCUUCAACGGGCCUAGAACUCCUCAAAGUGCAAAAGAUAUCACACGAGCAAGCAUGGCAAAGAGCGGGCCGAGCCGGUAGAGAUUCAGAAGGACAUUGUUACCGUAUUUACACAAGAUCUCAGUUCGAACUGAUGGAAAAAACAACAACACCUGAAAUUCAAAGGGCGAAUUUAGCGACUGUCGCCCUUCAAAUUUUAACCCUUGAACUCCAUCCUAAUUAUUUUGAUUUCCUGGAUAAGCCUUCUAAGGACGCUGUCGGACUUGCCUGCGAACAGUUAAAACUCUUAGGUGCUGUGAAUAGUGUAGAUUCGAUUAUUUUGACCCCGUUAGGAAGGAAAAUGUCUAAAUUUCCUUUAGACCCAAGAUUUUCAAAAAUACUCAUUACCGCCCAACAAUAUGGAUGCCUCCAAGAAGCACUUACGGUAGUUUCUCUUCUUAGUGGAGAAUCAAUUCUUAUUAAUCCUGUGACCAAACAAGCGGAAGCUCAAAAUGUCCGUCAGAAAUUCUGCUCUGCUUACGGAGACCAUGUUACAUUGUUGAAUAUAUUCAGGGAGUUCGACACUGUCGGACAGAAUAACAGGCGAACUUGGUGUCAUGAGCAUUUUAUAAAUAUGAGGAAUAUUUUGCAUGCGAGGGAAAUAAGGGCGCAACUAGAGCAGGUAUGCAAAAAGUGUGAUCUCGGAGUUAUGUCAUCUUGUGGAGGAGAUUUGGAUAGGUUGAGGAAGUGUUUGGUCAUGGGUUUGUUCAUGAAUGUGGCUGAGUUGGUUAGAGAUCAUCAUUAUAUUACGUUGGACAAAAAGCAGUCUGUACAGUUCCACCCUAGCUCAUGUCUUCACCGACAGCAACCCCAUUUAGUGCUAUUUACCGAAGUUGUACAAACGAACAAGUGCUAUUUGAGAGGAUUGACUACAGUAGAGGCCGCAUGGCUUCAAGAAAUUGCUCCGGAAUACAUGAAAACUCACACGCUUAGGUCUAACAGUAGUUGAUAGUCCAUAAUUUUAUUUUUUUUACCUAUGUACAUACAUUAAAAAAUAGCUUGUAAGUUUAUGUUUUGUUUUAUUUGAAUGAUGUUUAAUAUGUUUGUCCAUUAUCUGAUUUAACCCAUAUUUUAAUAAAAUUUUAUUUUAC